UCCCACGCGGUCAUCCUUUUUUUUUUUUUCUCUGUUUCUUUCCCACGCGGUCAAAGAAGAAGAGGUAGCACAAUUCACAAACAAUCAAAAUGGUUAAUCUUUUGAGGACUAAAAAGGACUGUCUCAAGCUUUUAUUAGCCCCGAGACAGGGGCCCACACUAUGCCCCUACGCCACAUGUUAUUCGACAGCUCGAAAUUAACUUCAACUUUCUUGUCCUCAGACUUGUCUUUUUCUUCCCCUUCCCCUAUCAUGCGGCCGACACUCCGUCCGGCGAGCCGUAGUUUUUAACGCCGUUUUAACGGCGAUCAUGCUUGGCUUUAUGUGCUUUCCCUCAUCAUUAUUGAUUUCCAUUCCUCCCUUUUUCACCCUUCUUCCUGCGUUACUUUUAAGGCUCAUUUAUAGCCGCCCGAUCAAUAUCUAUCUCCUAAAGCUAAUCUCUUAGCAUCUCAGCUCUGCAGCCUAUCUAUAUCCUACUGAAUCUUUGUUAUAUUCUGCCUCUGGAAUGGAAUACUAGAUUUCUUGUUUCUAUUAGAGGUCAUUAAUCAUCGUCACGCCGCAAUUAGGUCAAAAGAUCCGAUUUUUCUUGUCCAUUUCUUGACCAGCGACGGACAUGUCUGGACCUCUGGAUCGGCUUGCAAGGCCUUGCUUUGAGGGCUCUUCCGGAAGUGAUGAGAGAAGAGAAAGAAGAUCUGAUGUUGAGAACUCCGAGGAUGACAGGAAAACAAGAAUCGGUUCCUUCAAAAAGAAAGCACUGCAUGCAUCAACAAAAUUCAAACACUCUCUCAAGAAGAAGAGCAGCAGAAGGAAGAGUGAUGGGCGAGUCAGCUCUGUCUCAAUCGAAGAUAUUCGAGAUGCCGAUGAACUCCAGGCCGUUGAUGCAUUUAGGCAAGCUUUGAUUUUGGAUGAAUUGCUUCCAGAGCAGCAUGAUGAUUAUUAUAUGAUGUUAAGGUUUUUGAAAGCAAGGAAAUUUGACAGUGAGAAAGCCAAGAGUAUGUGGGCUGAUAUGAUUCAGUGGAGAAGGGAAUUCGGUGCUGAUAAUAUCAUUCAGGAAUUUGAAUUUAAAGAGCUGGAUGAAGUUUUGAACUAUUACCCUCAAGGUUACCAUGGCAUUGAUAAAGAGGGAAGGCCAGUAUAUAUUGAAAGGUUAGGGAAAGUUGAUCCUAACAAACUUAUGCAAGUCACGACUCUAGACCGAUAUGUAAAAUAUCAUGUAAGAGAGUUUGAGAAGUGCUUUGCCAUUAAGUUUCCUGCUUGCACAAUUGCUGCAAAAAGACACAUCGAUUCAAGCACUACAAUUUUGGAUGUUCAAGGCGUGGGGUUGAAAAACUUUAACAAGAGUGCUAGAGAGCUCAUUAUGCGUCUUCAAAAAAUUGACGGGGAUAAUUAUCCUGAAACACUCCAUCAAAUGUUCAUCAUCAAUGCUGGUCCUGGAUUUAGGAUGCUAUGGAGUACUAUAAAGAGCUUUCUAGAUCCCAAGACUACUUCCAAGAUCCAUGUUCUUGGGAACAAGUACUUGAACAAGCUGCUUGAAUUAAUAGAUGCUAGUGAGCUGCCUGAGUUUCUAGGUGGUACCUGCACUUGUGCAGAUGAGGGAGGGUGUCUUCGUUCUGAUAAAGGGCCUUGGAAGAACCCUCAUAUACUGAAGAUGGUUGGUGAAGCACGUCGUUGUAAACAGAUUGUUAAAGUUUUGAACAGUGAAGGAAAGGUGGUUUAUGCAAAACCUCGCUACCCAAUGGUAAAAUUUAGUGACACGUCUACAGCUGAAUCGGGAUCUGAAGCUGACGAAAUUGCUUCACCAAAAGCUUUCAAAAAUUAUCCACAUCUUCGUUUAACUCCUGUUCGCGAAGAGAAACAGGCAAAGACCAUUGGGCCAAUUAAUCAUCCUAACAAAUCGCUAGCAUAUGAUGAAUAUGUUCCUAUAGUUGACAAGGCUGUUGAUUCUGGAUGGAAGAAGCAAGAAGCUUUUAAAAACCCAAGCUCUCCUAAAGGGAUACCUCCACUGCCUGACUCUGAAAAGACAACAGAAGGACUUUUCACUAGGGUUUUAUUUGCUAUAUUGGCUUACUUCACAACCAUCUUUAUGUUCAUGCAUUCCUUUGCGUUCCGUGUAACCAAGAAACUCCCAGAUGCAUCAUCCUCUAUGCCAAACUACCAAGCUGAUGCUUCUGAAAAGGAACCCAUUCAGCCUCCUCCCGUGACAAUGCCAACACCAACAGAAACUGAAUUACUCUCCACUGUACUGAAGCGGUUGGGUCAGCUUGAGGAAAGAGUCAACACUCUUCAAGAAAAGCCGUCUGAGAUGCCUUAUGAAAAAGAGGAGUUGUUGAAUGCAGCCGUCUGCCGAGUGGAUGCAUUAGAAGCUGAGUUAAUUGCAACAAAAAAGGCUUUGUAUGAAGCUUUGAUGAGGCAAGAAGAACUUCUUGCCUACAUUGACAGACAAGAAGAAGCCAAGUUUCGUAAAAAGAAGUUUUGCAUGUAAGGUCCAUCCUUGGUGGUGAAGCUUCCUUCCGUACCGCGAGCACUGUUUGUUGAGGUUCAUGUAUUCUUAACCCUGGAUAUGCCGUGAUGUGUUUGUAAACAAACAAAUGUAUACACCACCUUUCAUUUAUGUUGAAUGAACGCUAUUGCAAAACCUAAAAGAUGAUAGGAAAUGUACUGAGCUAAGAUUUGUUGGCUUUUCAAAGUGCCUUCAUGUUUUGUGCUUGUCUGCCUCAAACUAUCAAACCUCGUUGCAAGUGUUUGUAUUUUGCAACUAAUUGGAUUAUUCACCUUAAAUCCGGGGAGGUGUAGUGUGUGGCUUGGGUAGGUCUCUAGUUAGAGACUGACCGUGAGAGAAAAUAUUUCCCUCAACUAAAACUACUAAAGAUUACAUUUUAGCAAUGUGCCAAUGGGGUACUGCUUAA